UUUCUUCCCUCUAUAUAACACGUAACGGCCACAUCUUCGUGUCAUAUCCUUCCUUUCUCUCACUCUCAUCUCAUCUGAACCCUAGCUUCGAUCUCCCUCACCAACGAGGGCUUUUGGACCACCAACACUACUUCGGUACGCUUUUCUUGGUCACCACCAUGGCGGAGGAAGUCGUUGUAGCUACCGGAGCGGCGAGCCCCGAGCCCUUGGAUCACAAGCGCAAGCUUGCAGAUUUGGACAACGAACGCACUGAAGCCCCCGAGGAGAACCAUGCCGAGCCCAAUGAAGAGUCUGCUGCUCCCGAUACCACCGACGUUGCCACUUCUGACGAAUCGGAGGCCAAGCGCCCUCGGCUCGACGGGAAGCUCGAGGAGAAUGCUAGUGAGAAUGGGCAUCAAGAAAAUAAGCAAGAAGAGCUGGUGGAUAAGGAAGACAAUAAACAAUCAUCUGAAGAGGAACAGCCUGCUUCAGUGGAGGAGGUACCUGAAAAAGAGGAAACGGAACAACUUGCUGCAGAGCCUCAUGAAGCAGGUGAUGCUCAGGAUUCUGCUGUUGAGAUCUCUCAGGAGGACAAAUCUGAAGAACUCUACAAGGAGGAAAGUCAGCCUGCGGAAGUGAAGGCUGAACUGCCAGUGCAGGAAGAGGAUGUUUCUAAUGCUGAGCAAGAUCAGCCUCCAUCGGAGGCCGAAACAACUACCUAUAAAAUGGAAGUUCCUAAUAGUAAGGUAGGUGUUCUCAUUGGCAAGGCUGGGGAUACGAUUCGAUACUUGCAGUACAAUUCUGGUGCGAAGAUUCAAAUCAUGAGGGAUGCUGAAGCGGAUCCCAAUCGUUUAACUAGACCUGUAGAAAUAAUUGGAACUUCAGAAAAUAUAAAGAAGGCAGAGGAGUUGAUCAAUGCUGUGAUUGCAGAGGCUGAUGCUGGUGGAUCUCCAUCCCUUAUAGCCAGAGGCCUUACUUCUUCGCAUUCUAUAGCAACUGCUGAACAGAUUCAGUUACAAGUUCCAAAUGAAAAGGUUGGUUUAAUUAUUGGAAGAGGUGGGGAGACUAUUAAAAGUCUGCAGACCCGAUCUGGUGCACGUAUACAGUUGAUACCCCAAAAUCUUCCAGAAGGAGAUGAAUCCAAGGAAAGGACUAUAAGAAUAACUGGUGAUAAGAAGCAGAUUGAAAUUGCUACAGACAUGAUAAAGGAAGUUAUGAAUCAGACUGUGAGGCCUUCAUCGCACUCCACUGGUUUUAACCAACAGGCUUACCGGCCCCGUGGACCUGGUGGUCCAACUCAAUGGGGUCAACGGGGUCCUCAUCCUUCACAUCCAGCAGCAUAUGAUUACCCACACAGAGGGCCUUAUCCAUCUCAUAAUACUCAGUAUCAGCAUCAUCCUGGCUUUGGAAACUAUCCCCAACAAAUGGGCGGUCCUCGAAGCAGCUAUAGUUCUGGUUGGGAGCAAAGGCCACCCCCCAGCAUGCAGGGGCCACCACCAAGUUCGGGUGGUUACGACUACUAUGGUCAAAGAAGCCACUAUUCAGAUGCUCCACCUUCUCAUUUUCCCGGUGCUAUGCCUGCACAUGCUCCUGGCCCUUCUCCCGCCCCGGCUCUCGGUCCACCACAAUCCCAGUCCGGUUACAACUAUAGUCAGCAACAAAGUCAAGGUUAUGGACAUGCUGCGCCUUAUUCUCAGGCAGCUCCACAUCAGAGCUACGGCCAUGGAUACGAACAGAAGUAUGACCAUCAUGCUUCAGUGCAGAAUCCAUAUGGUGGACAUGGGAAUGCUCAACAACAUUAUCCACAGGCUGGUGCUCAACAGGUUUACCCUGGACAACAACAGUAUGAUAAUAAGCCUCCAUCAUAUGGUGUUCCAGCACAAGGACCACCUCCUCAGUCUUAUGGUGCUCCUCGGGUUGGUCAGCCUGCAGAGCCUUAUCAAGGUGGCUCCGCCCCAGCUUCAUAUGGACAAAAUAUGCAACCUCAACAGACAUAUCCAUACCCAACUGGUGGUUCUACCCAGCAGUAUCCUCCCUAUGGCACUGUACCAAGCACGGACGGUUACAAUCAGGCGCCUGCUGCUUCUGCCACUGCCGGUUACUCGCAGCAGUAUGGUCAACCUGGUGUGCAGCAACCAUCUGCUUAUGGACAACAAGUGGCUCCCGCUGCGGCAUAUGGGCAGUAUCCAACCUCCCAGCAGGGUUAUCCAGAGCAGGCUGCUGCAAAUGCUGCUGCUGGGUAUGCUGCAUACCAAGCACCUCAGGAUCCCACAGCAUAUAGCGGAGCCACAGCAGCUGCAGCAGCUGCUUAUACCGCUCCAGCCAGUGGGCAGCCAGGUUAUACUCAACAGAUGGCGACUCAGCCAACCUAUGAUCAGUCAAUUCCGCAAUCAGGUGGGUACGGAACUGUGCCUUCAAGUGCUCCUGUAGGUUACGGGAAGAGCGUGUCACCACAGCCACAACCUGGGUAUCCGCAGUAUGAUUCUACUCAAGUUUAUGGGGCAAAUCGUUAAAAAUUUUGAUAAACUAGGUUUAGGGUCGUUGGUUAAGGAAGGAGUGUAGUAGGGGAGGGUGUUACUAUAUUGAAGUGUUGUUGAACUUGUUGAAUCCGCUGUUGUAGGGAACAUCAUCUGUUGUAUUUGCAUUGCUUAUCGACCAAGUUAUUAAAAGAACGUUUCGGUUUUUAUAGUAACAUGAAAGUAAGCACCUUGUUCAUUAA